UGGAGGAAGCAGAAGAAGAAGAAGAAGAAGGUUGCUAAUCGUCGAAUUAUUUUUUUUGAGAUAUUUUAAAUUACAUAUACAUUAAUAAUAAUGAUUUAAUCGCUAGUUUUAUUCGAAGAAGAUCGCUUUGUAAACCAGACGAUUGAGCAAGUGACAGUUGCAAGGUGGUUUCGUGAUCGAUCAAUCGAUCGAAGUUUGAUAAUCGUUUGGAUAUAAGUAAAUGUUCUGAUCAAAUAACUCAAUUAGAAAACACUUAAUUGUGAUUAAGCAUCAUGAGCACCCAAGACAGUCUAGACAGGGAGAUGUCUCGAUUGAACAUCAACAAUUACGCUCCACAACAAUACUCCCCUUCACGUGGUAAGAAGAUCGCACCGGUGGUACCACCCAAGAAGAAGAAACCUGAACAGUACAUCCAGACCAACAAUAACGAACAAUCAGCAAACACUGUUUACAGUCAUUAUUCGCUACCACCGGAAGAUGAUCUUCCGCCACCGCCACCUCCUCCACAGACUACUUAUUCGCCUCCAAAUAAUCAGGCUUUUCCUCCUCCUCCACCACCACCACCACCUCCGGAAGAUCUUCCGCCUCCACCAUCUCCUGUCAGUUCUACGUAUGCUACCCAAUCGAGUUAUGCCACAUAUAGACCACAGUCAUCUGCUAGUACAUAUGAUAUUAAUUCUAUCUAUGAACCAAUUACGCCCAGACCACCAAGUCAGAUGUCUACACGAUCCAUCUACAGUACAGGAAGUGGAGGUUCCUCUCUCUAUUCAUCGUACUAUCCUGCGAGUGGACGAGGACGAGGUGGCGGAAAUGUGCCAAAUCAAUCUCACGGAAUGACCGGCAAGGAGGCAGAAGUGGAUCAUUUGACUGAUCUUUUAGUACAGAGCAUGGAAAAUUCGAGUGAUCCCGAUUUUUUUGGUAUGUGCUACAAGUGCGGAGAGAAGGUGUUGGGCGAAGGAAGCGGAUGCACCGCCAUGGACCAGGUCUAUCAUAUAUCCUGCUUUACUUGUCACAUUUGCCAUAAAGAAUUAAGAGGUAAACCGUUCUUUGCUAUGGAUGGAAAACCAUACUGUGAAGAAGAUUACUUGAAUUUUCUGGAGAAAUGUUGUGUUUGUGGCAAACCUAUUCUAGACAGAAUACUCCGUGCCACCGGCAAACCGUACCACCCCGCCUGUUUCACCUGCGUGGUCUGCGGAAAAUGUCUCGAUGGAAUUCCGUUCACUGUCGAUGCCACCAACCAGAUUCACUGUAUCGACGAUUUUCACAAGAAGUUUGCUCCGCGCUGUUGCGUGUGUAAACAACCCAUCAUGCCGGAACCCGGUCAGGAAGAGACCGUCAGAGUCGUGGCUCUGGACAGAAGCUUUCACGUAGGAUGUUACAGAUGCGAGGACUGUGGCAUGCUUCUUUCUUCCGAAGCAGAAGGCAAGGGAUGCUACCCCCUGGAUGAUCACAUCUUGUGCCGUAGCUGUAACGCAAAGAGAGUCCAGGCCCUGACGUCUCGCAUGACCACCGAACUGUAACGGCAUUCCUCUGGAGACGUCCCGUAACUAUUCCAUAACCAAAGUAUUCUGUCUCGCUUUUACUGGACCGAGAACGAAUUCGAAACUCCGCUCGAUUUCGUUCUUUGGUUUUAUACGAGCUCGGUGUCUUUUUUAACUUUGCUAAAGAGUUUUUUGAAUCCGCAACCGGCGGCGAGCGUGAAUUUCGUCGACGAGAUUCUGGGAUUUAAUCGUUGUUACGAGAUUUGUAAGCGCUUCUGGUUUUGAUUUUUUUUUGUGUACCACGUAAACGAGUAAUUCGUUUCCUUACGUUCGUGGGAAAGUCGAAAAACUGCCAAAAAAAAAUAAUUGUGUACAGUUUUUGUUAAAUAAAAGCUCCUCGAUGCCACGCCGUAAGAUUUCUGGCUGUAAAAACUCGACUCGCUGGCUAAGAAAA